AUGUCGCCGGAGGAUGUGUCGCUUCCAGUGGACAUAGUGAAGCGUGAUCAUCCUCACUACCGGACGUCUUCUCGUCCCCCAUGCCCACUUGACCGAGUCGACACGCAUUAUCCCGUCACCUUUUGGACGUCACUGCCGUCAUUGCCCAACUAUAUGACAGAAUCAUCACAUAUACACGCACAUUUGGCGUGCCACUACAAUUUGGCCAUCCAACAGUACACAUGCAUUUUCCAUCACUCAGGCGAAUCACCCAAACGCUCAGUGAAUCAGGCUGAUAGAAGAGGGUUUAGCAGUCGGCUCAAGGAGUACUCCAGUCAUUCCGGGCAACUUUGCUUAAAAAAUCCGCUUCCAAACCGUCCUACACAUGACCAUUUGCAAACAGAUGAGCCAGUCUCACGUCAGCGAUCUCAUCGGUAUACACCGUGCAAAGGCCUAGUUUAUCACCCUUCCCUAAAGUUCUGCUUUCGUAGACUGGAAGAAGAUCAGCAAAACCUAUAA